AUGUUAAGAAAAUACUUUUAUAAAUGGGUAGAAUAUCACAUAUAAAAAAUUAACCAGAGACAAUUCUUGAUUAAUGCCACCAUAUUUAGAUACAAAUAACUAUUUCGGAAAGUAAAAAAACUAAAAUAUUUGCUAGACAAUAAAAGCAAUUAAAUAAUAGAGACAUACAGAUUAUUAAACCUUAUUGAAACGAAAAGUUCUUAAAGCUUUCAAAACCAUAAUAUAAAAUGUAUGUUAAUCAAUUAUACUUUACAUUAGUAAUAAAAUAUUCUUAACUAAAUCAAAAUUCUCAAAUUGAGGAGAUAUUUUGAAAAAAUGAAAAGUGUAGCAUAAGGUUAAUAAAAGGAAAGAGAAGUUAAUAAUGCUAUUAUUGAAUGUUACAAUGAUAAAUUGUUAAUGAAAUGGUUUCUAAAAUUAAGAAAAGCAACAAAAAUUUUGAAAAAAAGAAAAAAUAAUGAGAAAACAAUCAUAAAAAAGAAAAAGUAAUUAUAUUUUGAUAAAUGGGUUAUUGAAUUGUAAAAUUACAGAUUACAUCAAUAACUUCUUUAAGAUUCUACUGUUUAUUAUAAUGAAGUUUUAAUAAAAAAAGUAUUUAAAGGUUGGAAAAGACAUAUGUUAGAUUCAAAGAUAUAUCAAACAUAAUUGGAAUAAGCUUGUAAAAUAUUUAUGAGUUGGAGAAAGUUCACAAAAGAAGCAAAUAAUAAAAGAAACUCUAAAUAUUAACCAAUACAUAAUAAAUGGAGAAAGCAAACAUUUUUUAAAUAUUGGAAGGAUGUAACAUUGGAUUCUUAAAAAGAUAAAUUAGCAAAAGGAUUUUAUAUGUAUAAGAUUUUUUAGAGUUGGAAAUAAUAUAUAGAAGAAAUAAAAUAAAUAUAAUUGAAGUUAUAAGAUAAAGAAUUAAUACUAACUGUUUAAAUUGAAAAAAAAAGAAAAAUAAGAUAUUUAUUAUUUUGGAAACGUGCUUAUGAAAACAAAUUAGAGAAACAAGGUUUAAAUAAAGUAAUGUUACAAGCAAAAUUAAAAUAAAGAAAAUUAGAAUUUUUAAUUUAAGGAUUUAGAUCAUUUAAAAAUAACUGGAAAUUGAAUAAAUAUUUUUAGUAUAAAAGAAUUAAGUUCAUUUAAAUGAUCUUUUAUUCUAUUAAAUAUUUUACAGAUCUAUCAAAAAUGAAAAUGGAUUAAUUAAUUAAUUAUUAAAAUAAGAAAAAAUUACAUAAAUUAAACAAAAUAUUUAAUUCAUUAAAAUAUGAUUAUAAUUUAAUAAAGGAAAAAGAUGAUAAAGCUAAAACUUAUUAUAAUAGUAUAUAUAAAAUAAUAUUUAGAAAGAUUAUAAAGAGAUUACUUUCAGUUGUUUAUUUAAGGAGUAAUUAAAUAAUACUAAAGAUAAUUGAAAUUAAGUUCAUAAUUUUACAUCUAAAGAAGAAUUAUUUAUACAUUUGCUGCCAUCAAAUCACAUUGGUAAACUUAAAAGAGAAGAAAAAUUAAUAAGAAAAAGUUAGAGAAGUAUUUAGGAUCUAAGUAAUUUAAAUUAUUAAAAAUAUCAUUCAAAAAAAUGAGGGCAUAUCUUAUAAGUUAGAGAAAAGGAAAGAAAAAGUAUAAUAUUUAUUUUAUUAUUAUUAUAGAUUGUUGUAAUUAGAAUUUAAUGUGUUUUAUUAAUGGAGACUACAGACAAAAUUAAAAAUGCUCAAAAAAUAAUAUUGA